CGGCUUCUGCGGCUCCAAGCCAGCGGGUCCUGUGAAGGCGAGCAGACGCGGAGAAAGGACGCGGGAGUGAGAGAGGGUGAGUCAGCUACUGUCUAAACGAUAAAGGGAGGCGGCUCCGCAGGGUAGGGCGGAAUUCAGUAAAUGGGCUCGUGCUGCGGUCUCUUGGGAGACGCUGCUAUCUUAGCGUCAGCGAGGGAAGGUUGAGGAGGAGCCAGAGCCGGGUCCUGCAGCCUUUCUCGCCAUCAGCGCCCGUCGCCAUCUCCACCAUGCAGUCCCGGGAAGACGCCCCGCGCUCUCGCCGCCUCGCCAGUCCCCGUGGUGGGAAGCGGCCCAAGAAGAUUCACAAACCCACAGUUUCGGCCUUUUUCACGGGUCCAGAGGAAUUAAAGGACACGGCCCAUUCUGCAGCCCUGCUGGCACAGCUCAAGUCCUUCUACGAUGCGCGGCAGCUGUGUGAUGUGACCAUCGAGGUGGUGACGCCUGGCAGCGGGCCUGGCACGGGUCGCCUCUUCCCCUGCAACCGCAAUGUGCUGGCCGCCGCGUGUCCCUACUUCAAGAGCAUGUUCACAGGUGGCAUGUACGAGAGCCAGCAGACUAGCGUGACCAUGCACGAUGUGGACGCCGAGUCCUUCGAGGUGUUGGUCGACUACUGCUACACGGGUCGUGUGUCUCUCAGCGAGGCCAACGUGGAGCGCCUGUACGCGGCCUCCGACAUGCUGCAACUGGAGUAUGUGCGGGAAGCCUGUGCCUCCUUCUUAGCCCGACGUCUUGACCUGACCAACUGCACUGCCAUCCUCAAGUUUGCAGACGCCUUUGGCCAUCGCAAGCUGCGAUCCCAGGCCCAGUCCUAUAUAGCUCAGAACUUCAAGCAGCUCAGCCACAUGGGUUCAAUUCGGGAGGAGACUCUAGCAGAUCUGACCCUGGCCCAGCUGCUGGCUGUCCUGCGCUUGGAUAGUCUGGACGUGGAGAGUGAGCAGACAGUGUGCCACGUGGCAGUGCAGUGGCUGGAGGCUGCUCCCAAAGAGCGGGGUCCCAGUGCUGCGGAAGUCUUCAAGUGCGUGCGCUGGAUGCACUUCACUGAAGAAGAUCAGGACUACUUAGAAGGGCUGCUGACCAAGCCCAUCGUGAAGAAGUACUGCCUGGACGUUAUUGAAGGGGCCCUGCAGAUGCGCUAUGGUGACCUGUUGUACAAGUCUCUGGUGCCAGUGCCAAACAGCAGCAGCAGCAGUAGCAGCAGCAACUCUCUUGUAUCUGCAGCAGAAAAUCCACCCCAGAGACUGGGUAUGUGUGCCAAGGAGAUGGUGAUCUUCUUUGGACACCCCAGAGAUCCCUUUCUCUGCUGUGAUCCAUACUCGGGGGACCUUUACAAAGUGCCGUCACCUUUGACCUGUCUGGCUCACACUAGGACUGUCACCACCUUAGCUGUCUGUAUCUCUCCUGACCAUGACAUCUAUCUAGCUGCCCAGCCCAGGACAGACCUCUGGGUGUAUAAACCAGCUCAGAACAGUUGGCAGCAACUUGCAGAUCGCUUGCUGUGUCGUGAGGGCAUGGAUGUGGCAUAUCUCAAUGGCUACAUCUACAUUUUGGGGGGGCGAGACCCUAUUACUGGAGUUAAGUUGAAGGAAGUGGAAUGCUACAAUGUUAAGAGAAACCAGUGGGCAUUGGUGGCUCCACUGCCCCAUUCUUUUUUAUCCUUUGACCUAAUGGUAAUUCGGGACUAUCUCUAUGCUCUCAACAGUAAGCGCAUGUUCUGUUAUGAUCCUAGCCAUAAUAUGUGGUUGAAGUGCGUUUCUCUGAAGCGCAAUGACUUUCAGGAAGCGUGCGUCUUCAAUGAGGAGAUUUACUGUAUCUGUGACAUCCCAGUCAUGAAGGUCUACAACCCAGUUAGGGCAGAAUGGAGGCAAAUGAAUAAUAUUCCCUUGGUCUCAGAGACCAACAACUACCGGAUUAUCAAGCAUGGCCAAAAAUUGUUGCUCAUCACCUCUCGCACCCCACAAUGGAAAAAGAACCGGGUGACUGUGUAUGAAUAUGAUAUUAGGGGAGACCAAUGGAUUAAUAUAGGUACCACAUUAGGCCUCUUGCAGUUUGAUUCUAACUUUUUUUGCCUCUCUGCUCGUGUUUAUCCUUCCUGCCUUGAACCUGGUCAGAGUUUUCUCACUGAAGAAGAAGAAAUACCAAGUGAGUCUAGCACUGAAUGGGACUUAGGUGGAUUCAGUGAGCCAGACUCUGAGUCAGGAAGUUCAAGUUCUCUUUCUGAUGAUGAUUUUUGGGUGCGUGUAGCGCCUCAGUGAAAUGCACAGGAUAAGCAGGGUUUGUUGUAACUGAAUUGAAACACUAAGUUGUUUUUACUGUUUUGGAAAAUAUCUUAAAUAUCCUUUUUGUUCCUAAAGGAAAGGAAAAGUUGAUUAGCUGCUGGUUUGGUUUAGAAAAAGUAAUAUUUGAAAUACGAAGGUAAUUUAAUAUUACAAAUGUUAACACUCAGAUCAACCUUUUAAUAAUUUUCUGUGCUAAGGGUCCAGUAUUUAUUUGAUUAUUUAGUAUGUUUAUGUUUCAUGACACUAAUUUAGUCUUUUGAUAAAUUUUACAUUCUGUUUACUGCCACAAGCACUGUGGCAGUAACUUUUGAAUUUUAAUGUUUAUGAUAGAAAAAUGAUUAGGAAUUGCUAGAUAGUGUUUUGAAAGCUUAUCUUUUUCUUCGGAACAAUGUAGAUUUCCAAAAUGGUUAACCUAAGGGGUCUUUGCAAAAUGUGUUAUAAGUUAAACAUAAUUUGGGAAGUUUUACUUUUGUUUUCUUCUAUGAAGAAAAAAAUGCAGGCCGGGCGUGGUGGCUCACGUCUGUAAUCCCAGCACUUU